AAUUGAAUGAUGUAGUUUUAGAAGUUGAAGGUAGGGCAAAACCAAAACGAAGGGGAGAGAGACAGAGAGAGAGAUGAACUGGGCAGUGGGCAGUGGGCACUGGUGGAGCUAUUGUGAUGAAGAGACGGAAAAUGCCUCGAGCCACCCAUUCACAUCAAGCUGCCGAAUCAAAAGGAAAAGCCCUCUGUAACAGAAUUGUAUAUACACACACAUAUCUCUCUCCCCGAAAAUUGAUCUUAAAGCAGGUUAAGUGCGUAUGAUAGAACAUGCAAGAGGUUCCUGCAAAUUCGGGCAAUUUUUGUCCAGAGACAUCAGCGUUAAAGUCCUCAAACAGCCAAACUCUUUUGUUCAUUGCAGUUUGGGGUUAGCACUUGGCUCUGCCUGUGUAUUCUUCAAUCCAACAACAGCAUCUAGCAUUAUAGUUGAGAACUCUGAACAUCUUUCGGUGUUCUUCCCAUGGCUGAGAAUAAUUAUGCUGGAGGGUCUCUCUCAGAGCCCACAAAUGAUGCUUUGUACAAGGAGCUAUGGCAUGCUUGUGCUGGACCCCUUGUUACUGUUCCUCGUGUGGGAGAACACGUUUACUACUUUCCGCAGGGCCAUAUGGAGCAGAUGUGGAUAUCUUGUGUGUAGCUUUCAUGAUGUUUUAGCAAUCAAGUGGGAGCUGGUGGCAUCAACCCAACAAGGAAUAGACCAACAGCUCCCUUCAUUCAACGUACCAGCAAAGAUCCUUUGCAAAGUAGUGAAUGUUAAACUUGAGGCUGAGCAAGAAACAGAUGAAGCAUUUGCCAAUUUAACUCUUCAACCUGAAGCAGAUCAAAGUGAGGUUACCAGACCUUACCCACCUCUUCCAGAACUUCCAAAGUACAAUGUGCACUCAUUUUGCAAGACGCUUACUGCUUCUGACACGAGCACUCAUGGUGGAUUUUCUGUUCUUCGGAGGCAUGCAGAUGAUUGCUUGCCACCAUUGAAUAUGUCCCAACAGCCACCGUGGCAGGAACUGGUUGCAACUGAUCUUCAUGGCACCAAAUGGCACUUCCGACACAUUUUUCGAGGGCAACCAAGGCGUCAUUUACUCACAACUGGCUGGAGUGUUUUUGUUAGCACCAAGAAACUGGUUGCUGGGGAUGCUUUUAUUUUUCUGAGGGGUGAAAAUGGGGAACUGCGAGUAGGAGUCAGGAGGCUGAUGAGACAACAAAACAACAUGCCAUCUCCUGUUAUGUCCUGUCAGAGCAUGCAUUUUGGGGUUCUUGCUUCUGCUUCUCAUUCUGUAUCCACUGGAACCAUUUUUUGUGUCUACUACAAACCAAGAACAAGUCCAUCUGAGUUUAUUGUAAGUGUCAAUAAGUAUCUUGAAGCCCAGAGGCAGAAGCUUAGUGUUGGAAUGAGGUUCAAAAUGAGGUUUGAGGGUGAGGAAGUUUCAGAAAAAAGGUUCAGUGGAACAAUUGUUGGUGUUCGAGAAAGCACAUCAUCCAGAUGGCCCAAUUCUGAAUGGAGAUGCUUGAAGGUUCAAUGGGAUGAACCUUCAUCAAUUAUGCGUCCAGAAAGAGUUUCGCCAUGGGAGAUAGAGCCACUUGUGGCUGCAAAUCCUCCUAGCUCCCAAUCUAUGCAGAGGAACAAGCGGACAAGACCGCCAAUUGUACCUUCGCCAACUGCAGAUCUUUCUGUGCUUGGCAUGUGGAAAACUCCAUUUGAGUCUUCUUCAGCUUUCUCGUAUGGUGAAUUGCAAAGUGCGCAGGAUCAGCAUCCUUCCCCCAAGUUCUCUGGUACAAAGGGUGGCUACAGCGAAAACAUUUCCCUGGCCCCUGUUUCAAAGAAAUCAUCGUAUUGGUCUGAACGAGUGGAUACCAUGACUGGUUCUUUUGUACCUGUUAUUAACAAGGAAUCUGGUGAAAAGGGACAUGGCUCCAGCAAUGGUUGUAGGCUCUUUGGGAUUGAUCUUAUAGACAAUUCUACUGUUGAAGAAAUGUCACCAUUGAUUGUUGUUCCAGGGGAAAUGGAGGACCACCCUGUUCCAUCUUUGGAUGCUGAAUCUGACAGGCAUUCUGAACCUUCCAACAUCGUAGUCUGCAAGCCAGAGAAAUCAUGCUUGCGAUCUCAGGAAUCACAAAGCAGACAAAUCCGGAGCUGUACUAAGGUACACAUGCAAGGAAUUGCUGUUGGAAGGGCGGUAGAUUUGACUCGUUUGACUAGUUACAAGGAUCUGCUCGGAAAAUUGGAGGAGAUGUUUGAAAUUGAAGGUGAACUCUGUGGGUCAACUAAGAAAUGGCAGGUCGUCUAUACGGAUAAUGAGGAUGACAUGAUGAUGGUCGGGGAUGAUCCAUGGCAUGAGUUCUGCAGAAUGGUGAGGAAGAUUUUCAUCUACACAAACGAGGAAGUGAAGAAGCUCUCACCAAAGGUUAAACUUCCAAUCAGUGAUGAGGCCAAACCAGGCAAGUCAGCCUCGGAUGUUGUUGCUGCCAACGAUGACCAGAUGUCAGAUGCAGGGCCGGGUAAUUGAUGUGUUGAUGCCCCUUGUUAUGUAUACCGUAUGAGAGAAGACAGGUUUGAAGUGAACCAAGUCGACAAUCAAUGUUGGUUAUGUGGGAGAAUUUGACGGUCAGUUGUUGGUUGUGUUGUUCGUGGGCAUGGCCUGGUGAUAUAAAAGAAAUGGCCAUGCCGGUAUGGCCAGUUAAGUUAUAUGCUGACAGAAAAGGACGAGCCAGGUAAAAGCUGCUCUUUUAUCCAAAUGGUAUGUGUUGGAGAGGGUUGCUUUAUCAGAUGAGGCUUUAAUUUGCAGAAAAAAAAAAAAAAAAAAAGAUGAGGCUUUAGUUCUCAAAUGUUAUUAUAGUGUUCUGUCAUAGGGAAAGACUCUCAUGCUGCGUGCUAGUUUGGACCUCUAGUUUGCUGCUCCAUCUAUUGUGUAGAAGAUGGAGAUAUAUGUCAUGUUUGCAUCUUGAGUUUUGCUUGUACCUUGAAGUUUUUAAUAUAUAUAUAUAUAUAGAUAUAUAGAUAGAUAUAGAUAUAGUCUAUCUCCUCCUCAUCUGUACAUAAAUAUAAUAUAUACAUAUAUAGCAUCUCCAUUUUCGUUUUCCAUCUA